UCAUUCAGCACUGCGUUACAGAGCAGCAGAUAUCGUUCUCUUUAACUAACAGACCAAUUUUUCACCAUGCCUUUCUCUGAAUUAUAUUUUAAUGUUGAUAAUGGUUAUCUAGAGGGGCUGGUGAGAGGUUUUAAGGCUGGCAUUUUAUCUCAGGCGGAUUAUUUGAACCUCGUUCAGUGUGAAACUCUGGAAGACCUGAAGCUUCACUUGCAGAGCACUGACUAUGGAAGCUUCCUGGCCAAUGAAGCCUCCCCUCUUACUGUCUCUGUCAUUGAUGACAAGCUGAAAGAGAAGAUGGUGGUUGAGUUCCGCCAUAUGAGGAACCAGUCUUACGAGCCUCUGGCCAGCUUCAUGGAUUUCAUCACAUACAGUUAUAUGAUUGACAAUGUCAUCCUACUGAUCACUGGAACUCUGCAUCAGCGGGCCAUUUCAGAGCUGGUGCCCAAGUGCCAUCCACUUGGCAGCUUUGAACAGAUGGAGGCUGUUAAUAUCGCCCAGACUCCAGCAGAGCUUUAUAAUGCCAUCCUUGUGGAUACACCGCUUGCUGCUUUCUUUCAAGACUGCAUCUCUGAACAGGAUUUGGAUGAGAUGAACAUUGAGAUCAUUCGCAACACACUUUAUAAGGCUUACCUAGAAGCUUUCUACAAGUUCUGCACCACACUAGGUGGCACAACCGCAGACACCAUGUGCCCAAUUCUGGAAUUUGAGGCAGACAGGAGAGCUUUCAUCAUUACUAUCAACUCCUUCGGUACGGAGCUUUCCAAAGAAGACAGAGCUAAACUUUUCCCUCACUGUGGCAAGCUCUACCCAGAGGGCCUGGCACAGCUCGCCCGUGCUGACGAUUAUGAGCAGGUCAAAGCUGUGGCUGAAUACUACCCUGAAUACAAGCUCCUUUUUGAGGGUGCUGGCAGCAACCCAGGAGACAAAACCCUCGAGGACCGCUUUUUUGAACAUGAGGUGAAGCUUAACAAGCUGGCCUUCCUGAAUCAGUUUCAUUUCAGUGUUUUCUACGCCUAUGUCAAGUUGAAGGAGCAAGAGUGCCGGAACAUUGUGUGGAUUGCAGAGUGCAUCGCUCAAAGGCACCGGGCUAAGAUUGACAACUACAUUCCAAUAUUCUAAUGGUACUUCAUGACAGUCUUGAAAAAUAAUCCAAGUGGCAUGUGUUUUCUGUGCUCUGUUGAGUUAAGGUUUGAAAAAGAUGAUUCCGUCUCCUCCCCGUUUCUUGCACUACGCCACUCUUACCUUUCCUUGUGAUUGUCUGUAUUAGAGUAAAGGAACAAUCAUUUCUGUUUGACAGACAAAGCAAUGCCGCUUCCAUUCCCCUUUUACUAUUGUGUAUAUUUGAAGAAAACACCAGUCACAUCUCCUUACAAGUAAAAGAAUGCAGGGAGAUUCAGGAAGAUGGAAGGGCUGAUGAUGUUUAAGUGGAAAAACAAAACAAAACUAAAGAGCUCUUAUUGUGUCAUGCUCUUCCUCUGUCAGGCUGGAAAAACAUACAUUCCAUCAAUAUUAUUUAAGCAUUGCAUACUAUUUCAAUUAAUGUACAUGUUCAUAUUAUAAACUCACACUCUCAGAGGAUCCAGUAUCCACAUUUGAUGAGUGCUAAUGACUAGUAAUGUAGACGGUGAGGCUUUUUCGUGAAUUACAAGCAGGUCAAACAUUGUAAAGCCAUUUUUCAAUGCAGUGAUGUGGAUUCCAUAAGCAUGCAUUUAUGAUUGAUUGAAAGAAAUGUUUUACGUCUGUUUCACGAUUAAGACACAAUAGAUUUAUCCUUAUAAAAAAGAAAAAUAGAGAAAUACUGGGGAUUUUCACGCUUAAAAAUACUUUCUUUUGUGUGUGUGUGUAUAGGCUCUUCAUUAUGUUUGUUUGUUUGUUAAUGAGGAUUGUGUACUUCCUGUUUGUAAAUUAGUGCUGAUGUUUGUGAUGACAUAAUUUAUGGAGUUGAUCAUAUUUAUGAUUAGCUGAAUCUGUGAGGUCGGAUGAAUCUAGUAUUAAAAAAGGCCUCGCUCUCAGCUUGCAAUGUUAAAUCUCUUGUAAUGUAACCGCGCUGUAUGUGUUUUAAGUGAUCUAAAAUGAAAUCUAUAAAUGUAUAGAUAUUAUAUAUACACAGUAACAGUA